AUGUCUCAGCACCUCCACCUUUUCUCCCUAACCUCGGACGGUACGUUACAGGAUCUUCGAAGGAGCACGGAAGUGAAUGGGACCAUGAGAUGGCUUGGUGUUCAUAAUGUUACGGAGAUCACGAAGGUGAUUGGGCAGUUCAAUCUUAGAUUUAUCAUUAGCAAGUUAGAUAAAGAGAUAUUUAUCGUGGAUCAGGAGGAUUUGGAUGCUCUUCUUAGGCAGCGUUAUAAAAUGAAAGUCGUCCCCUUCAGUAAGAACAUAACUUUUGGUGUUGCAGAUGUUAAGGAACUCAUAUCUAUUGUGGUGGAUAGUCAAGGAGAAUGCUCAAUGAUGGGUGCAUAUAAGAUGGACAUAUGUGACUCUUUUUGCCCCCCAAGAGUGCGUACAAUGCUAGCAUCACGUGCCUGUAGAUCUUCUAUUAUGAUUGGAGAUCCCCUUGGAAGAAACAAGAUGAAAAAGAUUUUAAACUUCAUGAAAACGGAAACUGAUGUGAACAAGGUAUGGGAUACUCUUAGUAGUCUUCCUCCCAUUCACACUACAUGUGAUCCAACUAAUUACAAGGAGAGGUGUGUGGAAAGAAUAGUAUCAAUGGAAGGUGAUUAUAUCAGUAAUGUUGGUGGUAUUGUGAAGGUUCCGGAAGGACAUUGUUGGGUAGAAGGUGACAACUCAGCUUCUAGCUUUGAUUCAAGAACAUUUGGCCCCAUUCCAUUGGGUUUACUCACAUUCUUUGGCCACCACAAAGAAUCAGAAAAUUUGAUUAAAGAAUCCAUCAAGAUGGUUUUGCAUAAAUAUUCGUUACAUGGGACUGGAAAGGAAUAUACUGGAGAUGACAUAAGCAAUUUUGCUAAUGCUGUCAAGAGUUCUCUUAAACAAUGUUGCGUCCAGCCAAAGUCAAAAAUAUUGAAGAAAAUUCAGGCUUGUGAGCAACAAGAGAGAAAGAAGUUUGAGCAGGUAAUCGUUUAUGCUUGA